AAUGAUAUUCGAAUUUGAAGAAAUGUUGGAUUUCUGUCGAAAACACCGGGUGCUGAUAGGUUCAGUGGUUGGUGUAGGUAUUACUUAUUUUGCUUUGCGACGGUACUGUGCUGGGGGAGUCUGCAGAAGCAAAGCAAGACUUGAUGGGAAAACUGUGAUCAUCACUGGGGCCAAUACAGGGAUAGGGAAAGAAACAGCUAUUGAUUUGGCCUCCAGAGGUGCCCGAGUUAUUUUAGCAUGCCGUGAUGUUUUGAGGGCAGAGAGAGCGGCCACAGAGAUCAUCGCUAAGACCAACAAUCAGAAUGUAGCAGUGAGGAUUGUGGACCUGGCGUCUCUAGCAUCUAUCAGAAAGUUUGCCGACAAUAUCAACAAAACGGAGCCUAAAGUUAAUAUUCUUAUCAAUAAUGCAGGCAUUAUGAUGUGUCCGUAUUGGAAGACAGAGGAUGGUUUUGAGAUGCAGUUUGGGGUUAACCACUUAGGUCACUUUCUACUGACCAAUCUACUGCUGGAUAAAAUUAAAAGUUCUGCUCCUGCCAGAAUCAUUAAUGUAUCCUCACUUGCUCAUACACGAACUGAAAAGAUCAAUUUUGAUGAUAUCAACAGUGAGAAAGAUUAUGAUAGUAGGUUUGCCUACAGACAAAGCAAACUCGCCAAUGUUUUGUUCACACGGGAGUUAAAUCGAAGACUAGAAGGAACAAAUGUAACAGCUAAUUCCCUACAUCCUGGGCUUGUCUUGACCGAACUCAUACGAUAUUUACCACAAACAGUGCCAGCAUACCUCAGAAUAUUUUUCCCAUUAAUUUUAUUCUUUGCGAAAACUCCCAAACAAGGAGCACAGACCAGUAUAUACUGUGCUGUAGAGGAGAGUCUAGAAAAUGUUACAGGAAAAUAUUUUAGUGACUGUGCUAUUAAGGAGGAAGCCAAAGCUGCUCAAGAUGAUGAAGUCGCCAAGAAGUUGUGGGAAAUAUCGGAGAAAAUGGUGGGGCUCAAACACUGAAGAUAGCAUGCAGCAUAUGUGUUUAUAAAGAAUAUUCAAUUUUUUUUCUAUUUAUUUGCUACUGUUCUGAAUAAUUGGGUCUUUUCACUUUCCUGUGGAAAGACCUAAUGAAAUUGUACUGUUUAUUUUUUUUUUUUUUUUUCGCUGAGUGAUUUUGAGUUCCAAGAUAUAUCAAAAAGAGGUGAAAAUGUAAUUUUCAAAACAUUUUUACAGUUGACACUGUGUAUUUGUACUUUCUUUGACCCCUCAAGGAUUUAUUCCCCUUUUGCAUUUCAAGCUUGUUAUUGCUACUCAUCCAAAACCAUGAACCGAAGAGAUACCAAACCUUCAACAUUUACUAUUACCGGUAUGUCUUCGACUAACUUUGUAGACUCUCUGAGCUAUUCAGGUCAAAAAGAUUCAUUGGCCCCUUGAAGUAGUCAAAUGUAUUGCCCCUGAAAGAUUUAGUGUUUGCGUUUAAUUAAAAGUUUUUAAAAAAAUGACCUUUGAUUUUUAAUACUUGGUCAAUGUCAAAAGUCAAGGUCAAAAAGGAAUUUCUUUAAAAAUGAGAUUUUCCAAUAUUAAGCAAUUUUUUGCAUUCUAUUUCAUAAAAAAUGUAUGUUUAAAGACAAAUAUAUAAAAAUUAUAUGUAAAAUCCUUAAGAGAGGUAGAAGAACCUUUAAUUGUUUUGUGAAAAAAAUAGUCAACUAGUUAAAAUUGCAGUGCUUAUUACAUAUACUUUAUAAUAAUAAUA